AGAAUUCGUGUAUGACUGGACCUGACUCGUUUGCUUUACUAAUGUUCUUCUGGAAAGGUAUGAACGUCACUACAUCACGUUGUAUCUCACCAUGUAAGAGCUGAUCCUUCAAAGUCUGUUGUGUUGUUGUUGUGUCCUAAAGUGGCCAUUUCGAUAUUCCUUGUCCAGAAAUUGUGUUGUCUGCUCUUGCACAAUCUCCAAUCUGAACCAUUUUCAUAUCUAUGGCUUCUCUCCCUGAGAAGCAACAGUUUUAACAUAAGCAGAAUUCAAGCAUUGGUGCCAGAAGAGACGACGCCAUGAAUCACAUCAUCACCUCCAACAUUCCAGGUUACGAAUUAACUGAAGUGAUUCAUGCCAUGGAGACGAGUCACAGCUGCGAUAUCUGUGGUAAAGGGUUCUCACGGUUUGACAACCUGGAGAGGCAUAAACUCACGCAUCAGACUGUCAAACCAUUCGGUUGUGAUGUGUGCGGAAAAUCGUUCUCCCAUAAAUCACACCUGAAACAGCACCAGACCAUUCACACUGGCGAGAAACCGUUUAAGUGCAACAUUUGUGGUUUCUGUUUCUCCAGAAAUGGUAACCUGACUCGUCACAUGAAAACCCAUGGGCAGGGGACCAUGCCUUCGAUGGCCCCCCAGUAUGAAACUCCUAACCCAAACACUGCAAGAUCCUUUGCUGUUGACAAACCAUAUAAAUGUAACAUUUGCGGCUGUGCUUUCGGAAGGAACGGAGAUCUAACUCGCCAUUUUAAGACGCACGAAGAAUCUCUGUUCCAGAACCAGAGCACUACUUACCAAAAGCCACAGCCGCCGCCGCCACCACCGCCUCCUCCACCGCCGCCGCCACAGCCUCAAACCCAACCACAGGUGCCUGCUAACUACCAAGACGAUAAUCCAUUCAACUGUAAAGCCUGCUGGAAGGCCUUCACGGAGAGGUCCGAUGCAGAUAUGCAUGAGCGAAUUCAUGCUGCCUUGCUUCCCUACAAGUGUGACGUUUGUGGGAAGGCAUUCUCAGAGAACAGCUACCUAGAGAGACACAAAAAGGCCCACACCAACGAGAAGAUAUUCUGCUGUGAUAUGUGCACCAAGUCGUUCUCCCAGAAAUACCACCUCACGGUUCACAAACGGACGCACACGGGCGAGCGACCGUUCAAAUGUAACAUCUGCGGCUUUGCCUUUUCGCGUAAAGAUCACCUGGAGCGACACCAGCGAACCAAUAAACUCGGGGAUCGUAAACUGAGUUGUGUGCCACAGAACACUGCUGCAGCAACCUCAGAAACCCACCAAGCAACCCUCAGCGUAUCUCAAGCACAUCACACCACUGAUAUACCACAGCACGAAGGGGUGCCACACUACAUGAGCAUAUAAGGGAGACAACUCUUCGUCUUGAAUUUGAUUUAACUCUCCAAUGUUCUCGUUCUCUCUCUCUUUCUCUCUCCCUUUCUCUCUCUCCACUCUAAAUAGUGAAGCCCCCCCAGCGGGCAUCUAAGACAGAGAAACAGGCACGGCAGUUGUUCUUUAGCAUUGACUAUUGUGUGGUACUUUGCAGUACCUCAUCAGUGUUUACAGAGAGAAUUACUAAACUGACAGAAAAGGUGCAUGAGUGCUUGCAGUUAAUAAGUACCUUGUAAUGUGAUAAACAGUAUUUCUUCAAAGUACAUUCGUUUCAUUGCUAGGACUGAUAAUAAUAAUAAUAAUAAUAAUAAUAAUAAUAAUAAUAAUAAUGUCUUUUAAUGACAUCUUUCUAUGAAAUGCAUCUGGAAACAAUGGAAUUUGUGUAAAGCAAGAUGUGUUUGGAAUACCACAACGGUUGCUAUGCAGAGAAAGGAGCAAGCACAGUGAAUGUUAAGUGGUGACUCUCUGUGUGUGUGUGUGUGUGUAUGAUAUUGGUGGUAGCUGUGCUUGCCAAGGUACAUCAGAAUGACAUUGAUAUUUUUAAACAAGAAAGGUCACUUAACACAUAAAUUUACAUUCUUUUAUAUAUUUAUACACACAUACAUACAUAUAUAUAAAUAUAGUUUACUGUUCCAUUACAGGUAGGAUCAACAAAAGAAGGAUUCCAUCCAGUGAGAAAUAAAUAUCAUUUAACAUACACAGAAUUUGAAAAAGAGAUACCAAUAGUUUCAUGCCAUACAGAUACAAUAAUCUAGGACAUUAUUGUGGCUCAACAGCAUGAAACUGUUAGUUGCUCUUUUAAAAUUUUGUGUAUAUUAAAUGAUAUAUGUAUGUAUAGAUAGAUAUAUAUGUGUGUGUGUAAAGGAAGUACAACUGUUUAUAAUAGUUGCACAUGUGAGAAGCAGGGUUCAUUUCUAUAUGAGACUGCUACAGAUCGAAGACAAAAAGAAAAUUAAAUGGAUAUACUUGUAUGUGACAUUGUUUUGGACAAGGAAAAGAGAUUUCCACAUCUCCGACAUUGGUGCCUGUAUCAAUGAAAACAAAAAAAAUGGUACAUUUCAAUUGUAAAACUAAAGAGAAAAGAACUGGCAACUUACGGGUUUUUCCCCCCUCUCCUAUUUCAUUUGAAUAUAUCCCUGAAAAUGAUGUUCCCUAUGUAAGGAGUGAUCAAUGUUUGUGUCCAGUUUCAGUCAAUGUGUCCUUGUUUAUGGAUCAACAUCUUGUUUGUCUUCACUUGAAAUUUAUAAUAAUGUGUCAUUAACCCUCACCCCUAAUUCUUCAUUUAUUGAACAAAAUUACAAUCUACAAGAAUUUAAACAAAGAUGUCACUGUUUGGCUUUGGAGUUGGGUUCUGUGUGAACUCACUUGCAAUCAUGGUUUCAAUCUGCACUGAAACUAAUAACCACCAAUGCUCUCCACAAGGGCAUCAACACCACAACUUCACCAAAACGUUCCCUUGCCCUUAAACAUUGUAAGGGUUCAUGUCUAUCUUACAUGUUUUUUUUUUAUUUAUUUAUUAUGUUGUGUGGAGUGUCUCACAUAUAUAUAUAUAUAUAUAUAUCAGGCACGUGCCGUUAGUAAUUACUCAGGGUAGGCAGUUGGUGACCUUUGUGUAGUAAAAAUAACACAAAAAAUAAGAAAAUCAGACGUGCGUCUGAGUUGAAGGCAGAUUUAAUUCUGCUUUUAUAGCACAUAAAGAAAACGGUGUUGUAGGAGUGUACGCAGCAUGUGUACUACAGCAGUAUUAUGCAUAGCUUGAAUGCUGAGAUUGAAAACCAAGGGCAAAUUAUGCCAACCUAAUCUACAAGAAAAUGAAAUAUUUUGCAUUUUAUGCAUAGUAAUCAGAGUAACCUUCAUGAUUUUAUUGAAUUAGGUGCAUAUUUUGCCAUAAAAGGAAAAUGUUGCUAUUGAUCUAUUUUAUUCGAGGCAGGCACUGCCUACCUAGGUGGUACGUCCCUGAUAUAUAUAUAUGUAUGUGUGUAUAUAUAUAUAUAUAUAUAAUAUAUAAUAUAUAUAUAUAUAUGAAUAUAUCCCCCCCCUCUUCUCCCAGCUCAUAAUCACUGUUGUUUGCUUCAUUUCAAGAGGGUUACAACACCUGCCCAACUCUCACUCUUUAUCUGUCUAUGUAUCUAACCAUCAUUAAAAAAAAUUAAGAAAGAAA